AUGGCAGAGGCGGCGCACCGCGGCAGCUGGGGGCCCUGUUCUGUUCUGUUCAGUCCUGUUCUCCCGUGGCCAGGCCGGCUAAUUGGCGCCAGCGGUUACACGUGUUGCGGCGCCCUGGCUCAACGAAACAUUCCGGCGUCUCGGCUGCCCACCCCACCCCACCCCACCCCACUCCUCAGAAACUCAAUCUCACCAGCAGAGCGGGAGAAAUACCGGCCACGUAGCUCACCUGAUCCUGAACACAAGAAAAUGAAAAAGGAGGAGAAAGACUGCCACGCAAGUGAUGGGGAGAAGAGUGAUCAGGACCUCGUAGUGGAUGAUGCAAGCGAGGAUCCUGUUUCACCACCAAAUGGCACUGCAUCCCCUCGAGAAAAUGGACUUGACAAGCUUGCACCAAAGAAGGAACACAUUGGACCACACAGCCCGAGGAGUGGAACGUCGUCAAACGCGAGCACUCCCUCGACGAAGAAACUGGACGGCGAGAAACCGACGACUCCGAUCUCCAAGUCCGUGACUCCGACUAGCGGUGGCAGUAGUGGGGGCGGCAGCGCCGCGGGGGCGGCCGGGGGUAGUGGGCUGAAGCCGGUGGUGAAGCCGCCCUCGCUGUACCCGCACUACCUCGCAGGGGCCGGGCCCCACGAGCUGCAGUCGUACGGUGCCGCUCUGCACAACAACUUGCCGCCUGCACUCAACAGUUACCCGAGGCCGCCUCUGGUCAGCUACGAGCCGCACCCGCAGAUGAGAGCACCCCUCGGGCCUGCCGGCCUCGGAGGCAUUCCGGGAGGAAAACCGGCUUACUCCUUCCAUGUCAGCUCAGAUGGCCAAAUGCAGCCCGUGCCAUUCCCUCCAGACGCACUCAUCGGUCCAGGCAUUCCGCGACAUGCUCGCCAGAUCAAUACGCUGGCACACGGAGAGGUUGUUUGUGCAGUCACUAUCAGCAACCCUACAAAGUAUGUUUACACCGGUGGUAAAGGUUGUGUGAAAGUGUGGGACAUCAGCCAGCCUGGCUCAAAGAGCCCUGUUUCGCAGCUGGACUGUUUGCAACGCGACAACUACAUCCGCUCUGUGAAGUUGCUGCCAGACGGCAGGACUCUGAUCGUCGGGGGAGAGGCGAGCAAUCUCAGCAUCUGGGACUUGGCGUCCCCUACACCGCGGAUAAAAGCCGAGCUGACUUCUAGUGCGCCAGCUUGCUACGCCCUUGCUAUCAGCCCAGAUUCGAAGGUGUGCUUCAGCUGCUGCUCAGAUGGCAACAUUGCUGUAUGGGACCUCCACAAUCAGACUCUGGUACGACAGUUCCAGGGUCAUACGGAUGGUGCCUCUUGUAUAGACAUUUCAGCAGAUGGCACUAAAUUGUGGACUGGUGGACUCGACAAUACAGUGCGGUCGUGGGACUUACGUGAAGGCAGACAGUUACAACAACAUGAUUUUACAUCCCAAAUAUUCUCACUUGGUUACUGCCCUACAGGUGAAUGGCUUGCUGUUGGAAUGGAGAACUCCAAUGUUGAGGUGCUACAUGCAGCUAAACCAGACAAAUACCAACUUCAUCUUCACGAAUCAUGUGUGCUUUCUCUGAGGUUCGCUGCAUGUGGGAAAUGGUUUGUGUCCACUGGCAAGGACAAUCUCCUCAAUGCAUGGCGAACUCCAUAUGGAGCAUCUAUUUUCCAGUCAAAGGAGUCGUCAUCCGUGCUGAGCUGCGAUAUUUCAGCUGAUGACAAGUAUAUUGUGACAGGCUCGGGUGACAAGAAAGCAACUGUGUAUGAAGUUAUCUACUGACCAAUUUA